GAAGAUGCUGUGGGUGGACAAGUACAGACCCAAAACCCUAGACCAGGCAAUGGUCCACCAAGACAUCGCACAAAACCUCAAGAAACUUGUCUCAGAGCAGGACUGCCCCCAUUUGCUCUUUUAUGGCCCUUCUGGUUCCGGCAAGAAAACCCUAAUCAUCGCCCUUCUUCGUCAGAUUUUCGGACCCAGCGCCGAUAAGGUGAAGGUGGAAAACAGGGCAUGGAAAGUUGAUGCUGGAAGUAGAACCAUUGAUAUAGAGCUGACUACAUUAUCGAGCACCAACCAUAUUGAACUGAACCCCAGUGAUGCAGGGUUUCAGGACAGAUAUAUUGUUCAAGAGAUAAUUAAAGAAAUGGCUAAAAAUAGACCCAUUGACACAAAAGGGAAAAAAGGAUAUAAAGUCUUAGUGUUGAAUGAAGUUGACAAACUUUCAAGAGAAGCGCAACAUUCUCUUCGAAGAACUAUGGAGAAAUAUAGUGCCUAUUGCAGGCUAAUACUAUGCUCUAACAGCUCUUCAAAGGUUACUGAAGCAAUCCGGUCUCGGUGUCUUAAUGUGCGAAUAAAUGCCCCAACAGAAGAACAGAUUAUGAAAGUAUUGGAGUUCAUUGGAAAGAAAGAAGGGCUGCAGCUUCCUUCUGGAUUUGCUGCUCGUAUAGCUGAAAAAUCAAAUAGGUGCUUAAGGAGAGCUAUAUUGUCAUUAGAAACUUGCCGUGUUCAACAGUAUCCCUUUACAAGUAACCAGGCAAUACCCCCAAUGGAUUGGGAGGAGUAUGUUUCUGAAAUUGCAUCUGAUGUAAUGAAGGAGCAGAGCCCAAAAAGGUUUGGUUUUUCUGCACUUUACAAUAUUGGCGUUUAUUGCAAUAUUUUUGUCGUAGUUGGUUCGAAAUUGUCGUUUUGUAGUUAAUGAUCAAAUCCAACU